AUACAAGUGGACCCCUUCAUCGGACCUGCAUUGACUUUGUGUCACGUUUGUCCGAGCUGAACCCAAAACUUCUCAAAGUGAGCUCUGCUGACAUGAAGAUCAUUACUGUGAUCGGCAGUGGGCUGAUAGGCCGCUCCUGGGCUAUGGUGUUUGUAGGUGGAGGCUUCAGUGUGAAGAUCUAUGACAACCAACCAGGACAAGCUGCUAAGGCCAUCACAGAGAUCAGGAAGCAGCUGGAGGAGCUGGAGGAAGCCGGCAUGCUGAGAGGGGAGCUGACCUCCACGCAGCAGCUCGCCCUGCUCAGCAGUUAUGAUGACCUGGCUCAGGCACUGGAGGGAGCCUUCUUUGUCCAGGAGUGUGUAUUUGAGCAGCUUGAGGUCAAGCAGAACGUCUUCCAGGACAUAGAGCAUCUUGUGGGCAAAGACGUCAUCCUGAGCAGCUCCACCUCCUGCCUGGUGCCAAGCAACGUCUUCUCUAAAGUACAGAACAGGAGUCGCUGCCUCGUCUCCCAUCCGGUAAACCCACCCUAUUAUGUCAAACUGGUGGAGCUGGUACCUCACCCAGAGACAGCAGCGACCGUUAUGGACACAACCCACGCAUUAAUGACAAAGGUUGGCCAGGCGCCCGUCUGUCUGAAGAAAGAGAUUGAUGGCUUCGCUCUCAACAGAGUACAGGCGGCCAUAAUCGCGGAGUCCUGGAGGCUGGUCCAGGAUGGCCUUAUCUCUGUCAAGGACAUCGACCUGGUGAUGUCAGAGGGGCUGGGAAUGCGCUACGCCUUCAUAGGUCCCAUGGAAACGAUGCAUCUCAAUGCACCUGAAGGUUUAGAAGACUACAUGAAACGGUAUGGAGAGGGCAUAAGCAGGGUCCUGACCUCCUUUGGACCAGUACCAGAUUUCAGCGGUGAAGGAGCCAAGAACAUUAUUAAUGAGAUGUGCGAGCUGAUUCCCAGCGACCGGCAGCAUCUGUCAGCCAGGAUGGAGAGGCGGGACCAGCUCCUCAUGGGUCUGGCCAAGCUAAAGAAGGAGCACUAAGAUCAGUGUGCAGGGCCCAACGUCAACAAUACGUCUGAUCAGAGACUAGGAACCUGAUUUCAUUAUUCCCAGUAUGACCAUAACCCCUGCAGGAGGCUUUUCAACACCUCUUUGUUUAUGUUUACUCCAGCACCAAAUGGGAAAGAAAAUUGGCAUUUUCUAGACGGAUAAGAUUUUAGCUGACAGACACCUCAUUUGAUUACAAUUUUGAUAGCGAGAAUAUAUUUUGGGACGUUUGUGCUCUUAAAUGCCUUUUUUGGAUAGUUGUAGCACAUAACUACCAAGCUCUCAAAUAUAUGUAAUAUUUUAUCCUUUUGUCUGCAAUUUGACUGACAACGUGGUAACUGAGAACAGAAUUGAAGCAAUCAUCUCACUUGGUGCUACACGCCACAGAACGGCCUCCUGUGUAAAAGAAUUCUCUAUAUGAUAAUGAACAAAUGUGAAUUUAUAUGUCUUGAUCAAUAAAA